GUGGACCACGUCUCGACACCAAGGUGUGAAGACAGAUGCGUUGAAGGACGUUGGUUUGUUUAUUCUCACCUGUGGUUGAGUGUAAUUCCAGCAGCAUGUCCGUCUCCAGCACACCCACCAGUAAUGAUGCCUGUCUGAGCAUCGUCCACAGUCUCAUGUGCCAUCGACAGGGAGGAGAGAGCGAGUCUUUCUCCAAACGAGCGAUAGAGAGCUUGGUGAAGAAGCUGAAAGAGAAGAAGGAUGAGUUAGACUCUCUGAUCACUGCCAUCACUACGAACGGAGCUCAUCCCAGUAAAUGUGUGACUAUACAACGCACGCUAGAUGGUAGACUGCAGGUGGCCGGUCGUAAAGGAUUUCCUCAUGUUAUAUACACACGGCUGUGGCGAUGGCCGGACCUGCACAAGAACGAGCUGAAACAUGUGAAAUACUGCCAGUUUGCCUUUGACCUGAAAUGCGACAGCGUGUGUGUGAACCCGUACCACUACGAGAGGGUCGUGUCUCCAAGCAUCGAUCUGUCUGUUCUGACACUGGGCGGCCCAGGUCCGAGUGUAGAUCCCCUGGUGAAGGAUGAGUUCGAUGGUCAGCCGUCUCAUUCUGCUGCUGAUGGAGGUCACAGUAUUCAAACCAUCCAGCACACAGCCUCUUCCAAUGCCCCGCCCGACGCUUUCAACAUCCCCGCCCUCCUGCCGCCAGCCGACUCCGCAAGCUCCGCCUCCACUUCUGCAUUCACCAGUAUGGCUGCAGGUCCAACCAAUGCCCCCAGCUCAUGGCCCAGAGGAAGCAGUUUUCCUCCCAGCAUCCCUCAUCAGAACGGCCACCUGCAGCACCACCCUCCUCUUCCUCAUACGGGCCAGUACUGGUCAGUGCAUAAUGAGCUGGCGUUCCAGCCGCCCAUAUCCACCCAUCCAGCUCCAGAUUACUGGUGCUCGAUUGCGUACUUUGAGAUGGACAUUCAGGUGGGCGAGACGUUUAAGGUGCCGUCUAACUGUCCCAUCGUGACGGUGGACGGUUAUGUGGACCCGUCAGGUGGAGAUCGCUUCUGUCUCGGCCAGCUGAGUAACGUACAUCGCACAGAAGCCAUCGAGAGAGCCAGGCUUCACAUCGGUAAAGGUGUUCAGCUGGAGUGUAAAGGAGAGGGUGACGUGUGGGUGCACUGCCUCAGUGACCAUGCUGUGUUUGUCCAGAGCUAUUAUCUGGACCGCGAGGCUGGACGAGCUCCGGGUGACGCCGUCCACAAGAUUUACCCCAGUGCCUACAUCAAGGUGUUUGAUCUGCGUCAGUGUCAUCGGCAGAUGCAGCAGCAGGCGGCGACGGCUCAGGCUGCAGCAGCUGCCCAGGCGGCUGCGGUGGCGGGAAACAUCCCGGGCCCGGGUUCGGUGGGAGGCAUCGCCCCUGCUAUCAGUCUGUCUGCUGCGGCGGGCAUCGGCGUGGACGACCUGCGGCGUCUCUGUAUUCUGCGCAUGAGUUUCGUCAAGGGCUGGGGUCCCGAUUACCCUCGCCAGAGCAUCAAGGAGACCCCGUGUUGGAUCGAAAUUCAUCUGCACCGCGCCCUGCAGCUCUUGGACGAGGUUCUGCACACCAUGCCUGUAGCCGACCCGCAACCUCUGGACUGAUGCUCGAACAUUAAACCUUCAACCUUAUUACAGUUGACCUCUGACCUUUAGCCAUGAACUUCAGCAGAGUCUUCACUGAUUUUUUUUACGCCAUCUGGCAACACGUCGAAAACCAGCAAUACUACAAAACAACACUAACUUUGAUCGAUCCAACAGGACUGUUCAUCAAAACACAGUUAAAAUCACCCUUUAAACGAGACUUUCACUUUUGAUGUUUAGAGGAAAUGGACUCAUGCAGAAUGGUUGGAGUGGAGAUGUGUAGACUUCAUAUUGCAUUUAAUCCAGUGUCAGUCAGAUGCGUACCGUGGCCACCUACACACUGCAGCGAAACCCAGAUGGUUUGAUGUUCUGUGCACAACAAUCAUUCACACAACAAAGAUGAACCAUGUACAAAUCGUCCGAAAAAAUCGAAUGCAUCAAUUUUAUGACUAAUUUACUAAGAAAUUCAUUCAACUUAUCUUUCAUUGUAGUUUGUACAACCAUUAUCCUAUAAAUCAUGGCAUUGAAUUGAAAGGUUUUAUGAACACUGUAGACAAAAAUUCCAAAUUAUGUGAAUUGGUGCAUUCAUUAACGAUUAUGGGGGGGGAAAUUAUGUAAAUGAUUGCAUUAAAUUGAAUGCAACUAAUUAAUGUAACAAUGGUUUUAUGACUUCUGG